UAUACAGUCAGUUCUUCUGUUGGUCUCCUUCACUGCAUUCAUAUUCCAGCUCCAUCAAAAACAACAUCUUCGAUGCAGAGUCCUCGUCCCAGCUUAAGUGACAUGGAGCGAGCCAUCGUUGCCAUCAUUAAUGUGUUCCACAAGUACUCUGGGAACAAGAGCAAGCUGAAAAAAGCAGAGCUCAAACACCUCAUCAAUAAUGAAAUGAGCCAGUUCAUAAUGAAAAUCGAGGAGAACGACACUCUGGACAGGCUUUUUGCAGACCUCGAUCAAAACGGAGAUCUGGAGAUUGACUUCCAAGAGUUCAUUUCCCUAAUUGCCAUGGUUACCUCAGAAUGUCAUGACCUUAUACCACUUUGAAUCUCCAUCGAUAACUUAAUGCAUCCAUUAAACUUUAAA